UCUUUCUCCCUCAGACUCCACUGGACAGAUGAGUGCUACCCAUAGCCACCCUCCAAUGAGCAGCAUGGUGGGCCACCCAUCAGUCAUUAGCGCCUCCAGGCACUUGCCGCCCCCCAUGUCCGGCUUGGGCUCGCCCAUGAAUGGCCUCGCAUCACCCUAUCCUGUCAUCACAUCAUCUCUGGGCUCGCCCUCUGUAUCGCUGCAGUCUACUCCUAACAUGAACUUUGGAACUCUCAGCAGCCCACAGAUGAACUCUAUGAACGGUGUUAGCAGCUCAGAGGACAUCAAACCUCCACCUGGCCUACAGAAUCUAGGAAACAUCAAUUACCAAUGCACAAGCCCCGGAGGAAUGUCAAAGCAUAUUUGCGCCAUUUGUGGGGACCGUUCCUCAGGAAAGCAUUAUGGAGUGUACAGUUGCGAAGGCUGCAAAGGCUUCUUCAAGAGGACCGUCCGCAAAGACCUCACCUACACAUGUCGAGACAACAAGGAGUGCCUGAUAGACAAGCGCCAGCGAAACCGCUGCCAGUACUGUCGCUACCAGAAGUGCCUGGCUAUGGGCAUGAAGAGAGAAGCUGUGCAGGAGGAGAGGCAACGUGGUAAGGAGCGCGGAGAGAGCGAAGUGGAAUCUACCAGCAGUUUCAAUGAAGACAUGCCUGUGGACAAGAUUCUGGAUGCUGAGUUGGCUGUGGAGCCCAAAACAGACACAUACAGUGACUGUGGCGCCGGAAACUCUACCAAUGACCCUGUCACCAAUAUCUGCCAAGCCGCAGAUAAGCAACUCUUCACUUUGGUCGAGUGGGCAAAAAGAAUCCCGCACUUCUCUGAACUCCCUCUGGAUGAUCAGGUCAUCCUGCUACGAGCAGGCUGGAAUGAACUGCUCAUUGCCUCUUUCUCCCAUCGAUCAGUCACAGUUAAAGAUGGGAUACUGUUGGCAACAGGUCUUCACGUGCACAGAAGCAGCGCCCACAGUGCAGGGGUGGGAUCCAUUUUCGACAGAGUACUAACAGAACUAGUUUCCAAAAUGAAAGAUAUGCAGAUGGACAAGACAGAGCUUGGCUGCCUGCGAGCUAUCGUCCUCUUUAACCCAGACGCGAAAGGGUUAUCAAACCCUUCGGAGGUGGAGGGACUAAGGGAAAGGGUCUAUGCGUCACUGGAGGCAUAUACAAAACAAAAGUACCCAGAUCAGCCUGGCAGGUUUGCCAAACUGCUGCUUCGCCUGCCUGCCCUUCGCUCUAUUGGCCUCAAGUGUCUGGAGCAUCUGUUCUUCUUCAAGCUAAUAGGGGACACGCCUAUCGACACCUUCCUAAUGGAGAUGCUGGAAGCUCCACAUCAGAUCACAUGACACCAGUCCUCCCCACCCCCUGUAUAUACUCCCAUGUUGUUAGCGAUAUGUAGAUGGAAUUAAAAGAUUUGAUUGAAAUUGUAAAGCAAGAUAUUUUGUACCAAGCAAACAAAUAUAAAUGGAAUAAAGUAUUUUCUCGUUUUGGGGCGAGCACCCAGUCAAAACGCACUCUAAUUGUGGUAAUCACGGAUUUUUGUAAAUAGAUCAUUUCAGAUGUUUGUUUUAAAAGCAACCCAAUAUC